AUGGAGUCGCCUCAAGAUCCGUCAGAGUAUGCCAACCAUAAUGAUGACACGGAAUAUGCAUCGUUUUUGUGUUUUCCGGAGGUGGUGCAGCGCGUGGGCUCCGGACACAUUUGCAGGAAACCAACUACGUUGCUGACGAAUCUAUCAGAUCUUAGCCAGUUGCAAGAACUUCGUGGUGGAGGUCAGGAAAAGGGAAUGGUCCAAGGCAUGAUCGGGCGAAGGAAUCACGAAGAAGCGCAGGCGAUUCACGGCAAACGGUCUUUGGCAAAGAUGGACCUAACCGCCUGCAGAAAGCAUGCGGCUAUGCAACACACUCCAUAUCGCCGUGAUUGCAGAGUGUGCAUUGAGUCCAUGGGAGUUCAGGCACACAAACGUUUGAAGCUGGCUACAUGGGCACUUUGCAUGAGUCGUCAUUGCUACGGUUCCUAUCCCCUGGCCAAGCAGGUGCAGCCGAUGGAAGCAGACUCAAGUGCUCCCGAUGAAGCAGCAGUGAUUCAAACCCUGCCUGAAGAGGAUGAAGAGGUCCGCUGCGAUGAGCGGCAACUUUUGAGGUUGGCACUUCGCCGGUACCGCGAGGACCUGCAGGCACAGAUCCAUUCGGCGGAAGAAAUGAUCCAGAUCCCUUUCGCUCGGCCCAGCGUGGCGCGGGCCCUCAGCAGCUGUGCACGGGCCGCGGAACGGGCCGUGCAACAACCUGGGCAUGCAAUUCACUCGCGCAUCCCGCUUGGCCCCAACGAGGUGCGACGGCGAAAGCAUUGUCCUCGCCGUCAGGGCAGGACAGGGCAGGCCAUUUGCUAUCAUAUGUUCCGAUGCCACGAUGUCGGCCGCCCCGAAACCCGAGACGAAGACUGGGGCAGUGCAGAUUUCUGCGUGGCAGGUGCAUCAUCGAGUUCCAGUGUGCAGCAUCAGCUGCAAGCGCGGCGCGCGCUGGAACUCGCGCUGCAGGCGCAGACCGGGGAAGGUGUGGUACUUCCUGUGGCGGCCACCCCCCCAUUCCUGCGCCAGCUGUUCCAGCACAUGGUGCAGUCGCAGGGGACGGGGCUCGUCGUCAGGGUGGACAUCCGGUCCCAGAUCUUGUUCCUUUGCCAGUCGAACCGGGUGAGCAUGGUCAGUUGGUUGGUGCCGGGCUUGGAGACUUGGAGACGCGCUGGAGACUGCCUCUUCCGAUGCCAUGAGCCACUGGCCAUCAGCCGGGACAUGGAUGGAAACCGGUUCACAGACUUUCGUGCUGCCGAUUCGCAGCCAGUGGAGUUCAAAGAUUGGGACGAGUCCAGAGAGCCGGUGAAGGAGACACGACGUCCGGGGGGGACCGUGGAAGAGUGGCGGAGCGCCCGAGCGACGGCCUCGGGCGCCAGAAAUUCAGAUCGUAACCGAACUCCGAACUCUGGACCUCCAUCUCCAUCUCCCUUGGUCUUCGCGCCGAACUCCGCAUGCCGUGGUGUGACUGUGGAGACGGUCCGAAACCGAGACAAGACGAAGACGGUCCGAAGCUCAAACAAGCUGGAGACGGCGCCCAGCUGUGACGGGGUCUUCUUCGCGACCUUCAACAUCCAGAAUUAUGGCGUGAGCAAAGCCUCAAAGCCUGCAGUUUUGGAUGCGCUGGCUGCUACCAUCCAUCGCUACGAUGUGGUGACCAUUCAGGAGAUUUCUCAGCUGCCGGAUGACACGGGCGUUUGCGGAGACCACACAGAGUCCGCGAUUUGUGACUUGCAGGCGGCGGUCAAUGCCCAGGGCCGCAGCUUUAGCCUGGCGAUCUUUCCCAGGAUCGGAGAUGAACAGUAUGCAGUGAUGUAUGACUCGAGCAAGGCGCUUUUCCUCGAGGGUGCCACGUAUCCGGACAACAGCAGUGUCUACUCCAGACCGCCAUACGCCUUCCAUUUGCAAGUAGGCGGUUCCUCCAUGGUCAUCGCCUCGACGCACACGUCGCCCUCCAGCGCCUCCAGCGAGAUUGCUCAAUAUCCCUCGGUGAUUUCUUGGAUGGAGGCAACCUUCACGGCCGACUACUACAUGGUGGCGGGCGACUACAACGCCGACGGGAGCUACUUUGAUGAGGACAGCGACUGGACGGCGAUUAUGAACAGCAUCCCCAGCUACUCCUUGCUGACGGGGAACGAGAUGGACACGACCUUGGCCUUGAGCAGCAACACCUAUGACCGCAUCAUCGUGAGCUCUGCCAUGGAGGCCUCGGGCUGUGCUGUCUACAAGUUGGAAGAUCAUUUGAACCUCUCAGGAGUCCUAGCAGAAGGCUGCGCCCAGGACUACAUCUCCAGCGACAUUUGCAGCAGCAGCACUGUGGAGUGGCAUGAGGUGGCCAAAGAGCUCUCUGACCAUUACCCUGUGGAGCUGUGCAUGCACUUGAACGGCAGCUGCACCGACUGCGUGGCCUUCACCACCGUCGCACCCCAGCAGCUGGGUGCCGACAGCUGUGCGCGGGUGGGCUUCCAUGCAGAUAAUCCCGACGACUUCGGCCUCCUCUUCUUGGAAGCCUUAGCUCCCCAGAGCAGCGUCUACGUCACGGAUGGCGGGUGCUCGGCCAGCGGCGUGCUGCGAGAGGGGGAGGGCCUCUUGCAAUUCCAGGCCUCGGAGGAGCUGCCGGCAGGAAGUGUGCUGAGCCUGGAGAACUUCAGCAGCGUCUCAGGCACGUUCUCCUUGUCCAUCAGCGGAGAUCAGAUCCUCGUCUUCUCUGGCUCCAAGGACAACCCAACCUAUAUGUGCGCGAUCAACUUUGAUGGCUCAGGCUGGGCGAGCGGCGCCGAGUCCGCCAGCACCAGCGCCUUGCCGCCGGGACUCACCGGCUUCGCCCUGCCCGAGACGGACAACGCGGCGUAUGUGGGCAGCACCACUGGGACAGUGCAGGAGCUCCUGCAAUGGAUUCAUUUGGAGGAGAAUUGGAGGUCAGACAAUAGCGAGGCGGUGCCGAUACCCCGCUCCUUUACCGUGGUGACGACCACCACAAGCACAGCCUCUGGGACGACCACGAAUACAGCCACCACAACGGGCAGUCACACUCACACUGUUUCCACACAGACGAGCACCAGCAGCACAACGACCACCGCAACGACUGCAACCACCACAACCACUACCUCCGGCACUGGCACUGGUGACAUCGAGCCCAGUGGCACAGCGACGAGCCAAGUGACCGCGAGCACAAUGGCAAGCACAACAAGCACUUCUUGGACAACCAUUUCAGCCAGCAAAAGAUCGAGCACAAUGCCAAGCACGACCACGGAGUUCGAUAGCACUACUACCAGCAGUAGAACGUCAAGCAACACUACAACGUCUUGCACUGCAACCACCAGCCUCACCGCGAUUAGUCUCAAAUUUCCCAGAAUCUCAAGCAGCACCACAGUCACCCAGACGACGACGUCCACAGGCAAUCGUCUCUACCAGAGCGUGGGCUACGUGGCAGUCAGUGCCUCCACUGACGCGUGCAGAGUCAGGUGGUACCUUCCUUGCGCCAUCGCCGUGCUGGUUGCGUAG